AUGCCAAAUCACAUCUUCAAGUCUCUGGUGGCGGCCACCUUCUUGCUGAUAGCUGCUCAAGCCACGGGUUGCGACGAGCUAGACAUUCUCGCCGGUCAACACGUUGUUUAUUCUUUCCCAUCGUCCAGCCACCCCCCGCAUGAACUGGUGAUGCUCACAAAGGCCGGGCUCGUCGGCGGUGUCAUCCUGUUCGGCGUCAAUGUCGACGGCAAUACCUCACAGGCCAUGUCCGUCCUCAAGGACGCAUACGAAUCCUCGCCAGCGCCGGCCCUCCUCAAGAAGAAGACGGGAAAGAACGUCCGCUUCCUCGUGAUAACGGACCAAGAGGGCGGGCAGGUGCGGCGCAUCAAGGAUGGCGAGCCGAACCUCAGUGCCAAGAAGAUCGGGGCUUCUGCCGAUCCGGCCGCCGCGGGCGAGGCGGCCGGUGCUGGCGCUGCCUCCAGUCUCAAGCGCUAUCAGUGCAAUUCGAACCUGGCGCCCGUUUUGGACGUCUUCCGGCAGCCGGGUGACUUCACCGACUACUACCAGCGGUCGUUUGGGAACACGUCACAGCAGGUCGUGGGCGCGGCGGUACCCUUCAUCACCGCCCAGCAGGGCGAGUGCGUGUCCGCGUGCGCCAAGCAUUUCCCCGGCCUGGGGGCGGCCUCAAACAACGCCAAUACCGACGAGGAACCCGUCGUGCUGAACCUGACGCUCUCCGAGAUCCGCGGGGUCGACCAGGUGCCGUACGUGGCAGCCAUCGAGGCCGGCGUCGACAUGGUCAUGGCCUCGUGGGCCGUGUAUCCCGCCCUGGAUCAACGGCCAGCCGGCCUGAGUGAGAAGUGGAUUAAGGGCGAGCUCCGUGGCAGGCUGGGCUUCAAGGGUGUCACGAUUACGGAUGCCCUAGAGGCUGGCUCUCUUGCUGCGUAUGGUGAUGCCGCCGCCAGGGGUACAGCUGCUGCCGUGGCCGGCAUGGACAUCUUGCUGGCGAGCGGGAAGGACGUUAUGCAGGGAGAGGCUGGGGGAAUAGGGGGUGGGAUGCAGGGAGAGGCUGUGAGAAUAGCGGUUGUGCAGGCUCUGAAGAAAGGUCUGCUGGGCAGAGCGGAGUUCGAUGCUGCCACGGAGCGCAUCGCCGCUGUCCGUAGCAGGAUUGUAGCGUAG